AUGAAGCCUCUUCUACUCUAUGUCACAGCGUUAGUAGUGGCGAUUGUGUGCUUCGUGCUAUAUGCUAUAAUUUCCCCUAUAGUAAAAAUAUCGUACACACCUCUUCCCUACGACAUAAUCUCAACAAGGGAACAUCAGAAGGCUAACACAACUCAGGAUAAUGGUACACAUGGUGCCAUAAUCCAACGGCAGAGGGCGCCUUCUCAUUCUGUGACACCACCGUCACUACAUGGCAUCCUUCAUUUCUACACGUCUUUGCUAAACGACCGGCCAAUGACUUUCAGAUGCUCUUCGUGUGCUCUGGUCUCCAGUUCAGGAUUUCUAAUCGGCAAGGGGGCUGGCAAAGAGAUAGACCGCAAACACUGCGUCAUCAGGAUGAAUCUUGCCCCGGUCAAAGGUCACGGUCGCGACGUAGGCACGCGGACGACCGCACGGGUCAUGAACUUCAUUGCGGCCCCCUUAGCUAACCGAAUCCCACUACCAGACGAGGCCAUCUUCAUCUGGGGGUUAUAUUUAGAUGACAGGCCAGGUCUUUACAGGAGGAAAGUUGAAGAGAUGUCCAAAAGAGUUGGACGACGAACGACUAUUGUUUAUCUGACGUUAGAGGGCGAGCGCUAUACUUCAUCACUGUUUGCAUUUGAAACUGGGCGAUCUUUAGAAAAGACCAAAUCCAGGCCGUCCACGGGAUGGUAUACACUGAUGGUUGCAGCCGACUUGUGUAGAGAGAUUCAUGUUUAUGGGAUGGUUCCACAUGAUUAUUGUUCGUAA